AUGAUGGCCGACGAAGAGCUCGGCGAUGAGGUGAAGGUGUUCCGGAGGGAUGAGGACGCUGACGACGAUCCCAUGAUCAGUGGGGAGACGUCGGAACAACAAUUGGCCGAUGAUAAGAAGGAAGCGGUGAUGGAAGCAGAGUUAGACGGUGCCGGUGGUGCUGGUGGCAGCGGAAGAGUUCCGACGAUUGGUGGUCUAAAAGCAGAAGCAUUCAUCAAAGCCGAACCCUCCCCCUCAUUUCCAAUGAUGCCAAUGAUGACGGGUCCUGGCCUGAGUCCCGCCUAUGGAUUACCUAUGAUGUUUCCCUUUUUCAUGGGAUCUCCAUAUGGUCUCCGAUCGCCGGGUAUGAUGAGUAUGCUGCCGAUGAGUGCACUCAGUCCCCAAUUCGGAAUGUUCCCGGCGAGUCCGCUCUAUGGAGCGGCAGCGAUGGCGGCGGCGGCUGCUAAGCAACAACUGGAGAACGCGGCACCUCUUCAUAUGCGAGCGGGUCCGCUGAAUCCACUGAAUCAGAUGAGAAUGCCACCGUAUAUGACACAUCCGAUGAUGCCACAAAAUAAUGAAAGGAGGGGUCAUGGAGGUGGAAAAGUGAAGAAAGAUGAUCAUAUCAAGAAGCCGCUGAACGCGUUCAUGUGGUUUAUGAAAGAGAAUCGGAAAGCAUUAUUAGAAGAAAUUGGGAAUAAUGAGAAGCAGAGUGCCGAGUUGAAUAAGGAAUUGGGUAAACGAUGGCAUGAUUUACCGAAAGAAGAGCAACAAAAGUAUUUUGAAAUGGCGAAGAAGGAUCGGGAAACACACAAAGAGAAGUAUCCACAAUGGUCGGCACGCGAAAAUUAUGCGGUGAAUAAGAAGAAGACGAAGAAGAGGAGAGAUAAGAGUGUUGCGUCGGAGAACAGCGAUCAGAAGAAGUGUCGUGCCCGAUUUGGAGUGAGCAACACAGAUUUGUGGUGUAAAUUCUGUAAGCGAAAGAAGAAGUGCGAGUACGCAACAGAUCGAUCCGGUUCCGACAUGACGGACACUCAGGACGGUAGAGGUACGAGUGGCGCUUGUAGCAGUAGCUCAGAGAGUCCAUCGCCAACCGGUAAUAAUGGAAUUCCUCUGGCUACUCAGCAACAGCAUCAAGCGGCUUUAAUGCAUUCAAUGCUAAUGCAAAUGCAUCUAGGCUCAACAUCCACUCACGUUCCAUCGCCCAUCGCUUCAAGCUCUGCUGGCCGCAGUCCGUUGGAUGCGAACGCGUCGGAUUCGGAAUCGGACGUUGAUGAAGACGAGGGCAUCGAUCCGACGAUUCUGCAACAGACACGUGAGGUGAUUAUGCAGGAAUCAGUGUGUACUCUUUGA